AAAACCGCCGGUAAAGAGCAUUUACAGGUCAUCUACGGUGGACCGGAAGGGGGAGAUUCUGCUUCCCAAAGGAAGAAGUGGGGGCGAGAACUCUACGUGGGGACGGUAGCCCUCAAUCCCCGGUCAAAACAAGCAAGACGGGAACCGAUCACUUUUACUGACCGGGACCUCCCCGCCACCGGAGAAGAUCACAAUGACCCCCUGGUUAUAACUAUGGACAUGGGUGGAGUCGAUGUCUCCCGGGUACUCGUUGACACGGGAAGUAGUGUCAACGUUUUGUACUUCGAUGCAUUUGAAAAGCUCAAGUUGUGUCGGACACGGCUUGAGCCCUUAAAGACUCCCCUGUCCGGGUUCACCGGGGACUCUGUUGAAGCUGAAGGGUCAAUCCUUCUUACUUGUGAGUUAGGCACAGGGGACCAGGUCGUCCAGAAACAAAUGAGGUUUGUGGUAGUGAACAUCAAAUGUGUUCACAACGCCAUCCUAGGCCGACCUGGAAUAAACAAGGUCCGUGGAGUCAUCUCCAUGGCCUACCUCUGCAUGAAAUUCUAUACCCCGGGCGGUAUAGGACAGAUCAGAGGAGAUCAAAAGAAGGCCCGACAUUGCUACUUGGAGGCCGUAAAGAAAAUGACCAAGGCAUUUGAGAGAGUCACUUUGGUCUCUCAGGAAGAAGAGCGGUCGAAGCUAGAGCCGGGCGAUGAAACCGAGCAGAUUGUUCUCCGAGAAGCCUUCCCAGAAAGAAUGGUACGGAUCGGAAGAGAUCUGCCCGGAGGACUUCGAGAUGAAAUCAUCUCAGUUCUUCGGGAAUAUGCAGAUAUUUUCGCUUGGAGUGUGGCGGACAUGCCGGGCAUUGACCGUUCUGUCAUAUGCCAUCGUUUGGCUGUGAUGGAAGGGAGCCGGCGUGUGAAACAAAAGAAGAGGCACUUGGCGAUCGUCCGUAGGGACUUUGUGAAGAAAGAAGUCAAGGACUUGUUGGCGGUCGGGCACAUACGGGAGUAUGAGGCGUUGGCCGGUGGCCUCAGAUUAGCCCGGACACUCGGAAUAAAAAGGAUGAAGAUCCGUUCCGAUUCGAGUCUAGUGGUUGGACAGGUCAAUGGUGAGAUGGAAGUAAAAGAGGAUCGGCUGGCCCGGUAUAGUGAUCUGGUCCGAGCGCUUCUAAGGGAAUUAGAAGAGUUUCGUCUGACUAGGAUACCCCGGUCGGAAAACGCUGAUGCAGAUAUGCUUUCAAAAUUGACACAAGCCUGCCCGGAGCAUGUGUCGAAGUUGGCGAAAAUUGAGAUCAUGGACGUGCCGAGUACAGACCGGUUUGAAAUCGCGGCUAUCCAACCGGGCCAGAAUUCGGCUACCGGGACAAUCGGAGCAGAUGAUGACUGGAGGCACGAUCUCAUGCAAUAUUUGGAGACCGGUCAGAAACCGGAUGACGAGGAACGGGCCAGGAAGGUGGUCUUGCGGGCUCCCCGUUUUCAGGUAAUCGAUGGUCACUUGUACAAACGUGCCAUCGGUGGACCUCUCUUACGUUGCCUUACCAACCCAGAGGCUGAACAGGUAAUAGCUGAGGUGCAUGAGGGAGUUUGUGCGGCCCAUCAAAUGUCUCGCACUCUGGCUCAAAGGAUAAUAUUGCUUGGCUACUACUGGCCGACCAUUGUGGGGGAUUGUGAGCGGGUGACUUCAAGAAGGGCAACCGGAGAAACUCCAUUUGUGCUCACUUACGGAUGUGAAGCCCGGUUGCCCGUUGAAGCGGAAAUUCCAACAUUUAGAGAAACCAUGUAUCAACCCGGCCAGAACGAGGUCGACCACCUAGCUGAGUUGAAUCUGGUGGAAGAGCGAAGGACCAUAGCAGCUGUUAAGAUGGCCGGUUAUCAGCAGUCGGUAAAGCGGUAUCAUGACAACCGGGUAGGACCGCGAUACUUCCAGGUGCAUGAUGAAGUCUUGCGCAGGAGGGAUGCUAGUAAGCCUAAUGAGAGGGGCAAGCUGGCGCGUAACUAGGAAGGGCCCUAUCGUGUGAAAGCAAUAGUCAGACCGGGCACUUACCAGUUGGAGACUAUGGAAGGUAGCCGGGUCGAACUCUCACCACUUACGUAAAUUUUAUAGAUAAAGUGUAACGGGUUCCUGGCCAUUAAUAAAAGUUCGCUCUUUUC